AUGGCGAAAGAUAUGCCAGUAUACCCUGGCCUAGAGCGCUGGCGCCUUCUAUACCCGAUAGGCAAAGGGGCUUUCAGUGCUGUGUAUCGAGCUCAAGAUACUCAAACGGCACCUCAAACAUCAAACGAUGAUGUUGCGAUCAAGAUCAUGCGAAAGAGUGACAUGACUUCACAACAGAAUUCUAUCAUGUGCAAGGAAAUUGAAACAAUGCGCAAAAUGAACCACCCCAACUUGAUCCGAUUAAUAGACACAAUCGAUACAAGCCGGUACUGCUACAUAAUUAUGGAACUCUGCACUGGAGGAGAAUUAUUCAACCAAGUGAUCAAGUUGACUUAUCUAAGCGAAGAUCUCAGUCGGCAUGUUAUUCUCCAAGUUGCGCGGGCCGUGGAAUACCUACAUCAGACAUUAGGAAUACCAAGCAAGGUUCCCAAGAAAACACAUCCAGGCGAGGAGAACAAACGCGAUGAGGGUGACUUUGUGCCUGGUAUCGGCUCCGGUGGUAUAGGAGCAGUCAAACUUGCCGACUUUGGAUUCUCUAAGAUGAUCCUAGGUAAUUUGACUGCGACUCCAUGCGGUACGAUGGGAUACGCUGCGCCAGAGAUCGUUGACGAUCAGAAAUACUCUACCGGCGUCGACAUGUGGGCCCUUGGUUGUGUUCUCUUUGCACUCUUGGCUGGUUAUCCACCUUUUUACGAUCCCAACAUCAAGCUCUUGAUGAAAAGAGUUUCAAAGGGAGAAUUUGCUUUUGAUUCUCCUUGGUGGGAUAACAUAUCCGAAGAUGCGAAAGAUCUCAUUAGAAAUCUUUUGACUGUUGAUCCUACGAAAAGGUACACCAUCAAUGAGUUCAUGGCCCAUCCGUGGAUUCGAAAAGGUUCAGAGGAGUGUUCACAACAGAAUUCAAAUCAAACUGGAGAACAGCCAAAAGAAAAGCAGCCAUCUCAUUCGGACUCUCAUCUUUCGGUAAAGGCUCGGUCAAGUAAGGUUCAAAAUACGGUCUCUGAACAAAAGCGAAAUGAAGAACUACUCAGUCCAGCACAUCUAGCCCUCCAAGGUCAGGUGGAGUGCCGCACCCCGGAUGUUAUGAAUGUGGGCGAGAUAUUUGAUGUCGCCUUUUCUGUGCACCAAAUAGAAGAAGAGCGGAGAAGACAGGAGAGGAUAUUCGGAAAGAUUUCCAGCACCAAUAGCGCCACUACGGCGAUGUCACAGCUAGCCUUGUCGGGUGCUAAAGGAGCCAAUCGUUUAUCAUUUAUGGUCGAGCCUAGCUUGCCGGAUCAAGCUUCAGGCAACACCGAGCUGAAACUAGACAAUAGCUCAUUGUUAGAAAAACGAAGAACGCGCCAACAAGGCAAAUAA